AAAAUUUUUUGUGCUUAUUCGUGGCUAGUCUGCUCGCGAGUGAGGGUGUCUGUGUCAAACAAAAUGAAUUCGCUAGUUUUAGGUUUGGUCAGCUUGCUGGCAAUUUAUUCAGUUAAUUGUGAUGUAUAUUUCGAAGAAAAAUUCCCUGAUGAUUCAUGGGAAUCUAAUUGGGUAUACAGUGAACAUCCCGGAAAAGAAUUCGGUAAAUUCAAGCUGACAGCGGGAAAGUUCUACAAUGACCCAGAAGAAGAUAAAGGUCUACAAACAUCAGAGGAUGCGAGGUUCUAUGCCCUCUCAACCAAAUUCAAGCCGUUCUCAAACGAGGGCAAGCCCUUAGUUGUGCAGUUCUCUGUGAAACAUGAACAGGACAUUGACUGCGGUGGUGGUUACCUGAAAAUCUUCGACUGCAAGUUGGACUCCAAGGACAUGCACGGAGAGACACCCUACGAAAUUAUGUUUGGUCCUGACAUUUGUGGUCCUGGUACUAAGAAGGUGCACGUAAUCUUCAGCUACAAGGGCAAGAACCACCUCAUCAAGAAGGACAUCCGUUGCAAGGACGACGUCUACACUCACUUGUACACUCUGCUCGUGAACCCAGAUAAUACCUAUGAAGUUCUCAUUGAUAAUGAAAAGGUUGAAUCUGGAAACCUUGAAGAUGACUGGGACUUCCUGCCACCUAAGAAGAUUAAGGACCCAUCAGCCAAAAAGCCCGAAGACUGGGACGACAGGGCGACCAUCCCCGACCCAGAUGACCAGAAACCCGAAGACUGGGACAAGCCUGAACACAUUCCGGACCCUGAUGCCACCAAGCCUGAAGAUUGGGACGAUGAAAUGGACGGAGAGUGGGAACCACCCAUGAUUGAUAACCCCGAGUACAAGGGUGUGUGGGCGCCUAAGCAGAUCGACAACCCAGCAUACAAAGGUCCUUGGGUACACCCCGAGAUCGACAACCCUGAGUACACACCAGACGCGAACCUCUACAAACGCAACGAACUCUGCGCUGUCGGUCUUGACUUGUGGCAAGUGAAGUCUGGAACAAUCUUCGACAACUUCCUAAUCACUGAUGAUUUGUCACUCGCCAAGGAAAAGGGAGAGGAAAUUAAGAGGAAGAUUGAGGGAGAGAAGAAGAUGAAGAAUGAACAGGAUGAAGUGGAACGGGAGAAGGAGAAGGCGGAGAAGCCUGAUGAGGAGGAUGAUGAGGAUCUCGAUGAUGAGGCUGGCGAUGCCGCGCCUGUGGAGGAGCACGAUGAGCUGUAAACAAAAUAGUGUAGUGCAAAGACAAUAAUUACCGACGGGUAUAUAGCAUGCCGCGCCAUGCUCCUACAAUGCUAGUUGAAUCGUGUGCAAUCCAGUAUAAUAUUUAUAUAAAUAGCACUGUGUGACACUCGAAAUAUUCCAUUUUGUAUGUUGACGUGAAAAAACCCUGGAUUUUACCCACAAAUUGCAAAAAAGCUAAAAUACCGCACAAUAUCUCUGCUAGUUUACAAUCGGUAUAAUUCAAGCUCACUAAGAAAUUUAGGGUUUUUCCACGUAAAUGAAUUGGGCGUGUUGUACGCCUGGGAUGUACUGAUUUUUUUAUGUAUAUAAAGCUCUGUACACACGAUCGGAAACAGGUUAAGCAAUAAGAGUAAUGUGCAUUGUGCAGUGUGUACACAGCCGAGUCAGAUAGUUUCACGGCACUGCGUGUCGUGUGGAGCCAAGUUUGGUGUGGUCGAAGGAUGAAUGUUUGUGUUGUGAAAUGAGUCUGAUUAAAUUAAUAUAUAACAUA